CCUGUGGUCUCCUCUAUCUGGACAACCAGGAGCAGAGAGAGGAGACGCCAUGACCCCCACCCUCAGGGCCCUGCUCUGCCUCGGGCUGAGUGUGGGCCUCAGGACCCCAGUGCAGGCUGGAACCCUCCCCAAACCCAUCAUCUGGGCUGAGCCAGGCCCUGUGAUCCCAGCGGGGAGCCCCAUGACCAUCUGGUGUCAGGCGACCCUGGAGGUCACGGUGUUUUGUCUGGAUAAGGAGAGAAGCCCAGAGCCCUGGGAGAGAAAAUCCCCACGGAAGCCCAGGGACAAAGCCAAGUUCCAUAUCACACACAUGUCCCAGCAUUAUGCAGGGGUCUAUUCCUGUCACUACCACAGCCCUGCUGGCUGGUCCGAGCGCAGUGACCCCCUGGAUCUGGUCUCCACAGGUGAGUCUGGGAAGCCCUCCCUCCUGACCCAGCAGGGCCCCAUCGUGGCCUCUGGACAGAGCCUGACCUUCCAGUGUCUCUCUCAUGUUGGCUAUGACAGAUUUGCUCUGCACAAGGAGGGGGGACGGGACCUCCCCCAGAGCCUUGUCCUGAAGCCCCAGGCUGGGCUCUCUCAGGCCCACUUCCCCCUGGGCACUGUGAGCAGCUCCCACGGGGGCCGGUACAGAUGCUACGGUGGAUACAACCUCUCCUCUGAGUGGUCGACCCCCAGAGACCCCCUGGACAUCCUGGUAGCAAGACAGCUGCCUGACAGACCCUCCCUCUCGGUGCAGCCAGGCCCCAGGGUGGCCUCAGGAGAGAACGUGACCCUGCUGUGUCAGUCACAGAGCCCGAGGGACACAUUCCUUCUGGCCAAGGAGGGGGCAGCCGAUCCCCCCCUGCAUCUGAGAUCAAAGCACGGAGCUCAGCAGUUCCAGGCAGAGUUCUCCAUGAGUCCAAUGACCUCAGCCCAUGGGGGUACCUACAGGUGCUACAGCUCACGCAGCUCCUACCCUUACCUACUGUCACUCCCCAGUGAGCCCCUGGAGCUGCUGGUCUCAGGGGAUCCUGUUAAUAUUACCCCAUCAGUGCAGACCCCAAAUUCCACAAGUGGCCCCCAGGCCUCAGACUACACAGUGGAGAAUCUCAUUGCCAUGGGCCUGUCUGGAUUGAUCCUGGGGGUGCUAGGUGUGUUGGUGUUUCAUGCGUGGUACAGCGAGAGAAGGUCUCCAGGGAUAAACUGAAGAUGGAGCGCACCCAUUCCUCAGGCAUGGUGCCACAACCUUAGACCCAAACCACAGAGGCCAGGUUGUGAGGGCAAAGAAGGUACUGAAAGCUGGAGACACAAGCUGUGCGAACUCUGUGCUGAGGACCUAAAGGAAAUAAAACAGUAUUGUUAGUGCUGGAGGUGAUGACAGUGGCUGGGAAUAUUCCUCGUGGGAGACUCCUCCACCAUGACCCUUGCCCUUGCAUUGCCCUCUCCUCAGUGUUUGGCUGCUCUUAUCCCCCAUCUCCAUGACCCAAUGUUAUGUCCACAUGAAUAGAUUAUGUUCAUAACUCCGCUCUGUCUCAUGCUUGUUCCUACACUGUAUUGCACAUGUUGUCUUUAUCACACCUACAUU